UCCCAAAACCACAGACUGCACCUGACUACGUACAGAGUUCACUGUCAUUUGACAAUGAGGUAAUUUUAUGACGACACGACGUUGAUAAAUGACAAAUGAAUAGUUUGUUAUCGCUUCGGCAUCUUAAACUCAUAUUAUAAACGUGUACCUUGCACUUGACAACGGCCCCCCUAUUGGAAUUUCGAGGUAAAUUUGUUAAAGCUAUUCUUAUUUUCGAUUAACCACACUUUAUUUCUUGACGAAUUUGUGGUUAAAAUGUGAAGUUUCUUUUUAAGCUGUCGGUGAUAGGGCCGGGUGAUAGGGGGGCGGGGGUGAAUUUCGAAUUGCAUCAUUUAUCUUUGCUGUUAUGGGCGUAUUUGCAACAUUUUAUUUAGGGGGGUGAGAAAGCAAGAGAAUAUAGAUAUUUUGGUUCAAGAAUAUCUUGGCCAUGUUUGGGAGAUACCUCUUCUAUGUGAAAGCAAUUACACUUGACACAUCAGUGAGUUCUUACAAUCCUUCCAAAUAGGAUACAGACGAUGCAUGCUUGGUUGCUAGACACACUCUUCCCCACCAUUUUGUAUCCCUCAAAACAAUUUAUCAUACACCUUGAAUAAUAUUAGUAAUGGGUCACACUGUAUACACAUCAUAAAAUUAGAGCAUUUGUUCCUAUAAAUAAUCCUACUUUGUCAACAACUUUGGUUAGCAUACUAUAAAUUAAACUGCAUGAAAGAUACGAAUUCAUUCUCUGAUACUCUUCAAGGCUUGCACACCUUAAGAAAAAAUUGCAUGUAACUCAUCCUUUAUGAUUAUUAAUAAUUGGAAAAUUGAAAUUUUCUGAAUAAGCGCGAUACUACUAAAGUUGGAUUUUCGUCGCCUUUUACUGCAUGUUUUACGAACUGACGAUUGAACUUUGUUGCCAUAUUGCAUUUUUUGUUCACUUUAAUUUAAAGUGUCGAAAGGAAAUUUGGCUUUCUUUACUGAACAUCAAUCAGACUCAUUGAGACACAAAAAAAACUUCGAGAGUAGCAUUGUUAUGAAAAAACAUCCUUGGGAAACAUGCAGUUUGUUAAAAUCGUAAUAUUUUUGGUAACUCUUCUCCAAACUUUGACAUCUAUUCGCGGUCAAUGCGGAGGUAGCAGCAAUGCAGUCAACGUUUCAUAUCCAGAAGACACAUACUAUGUCUUUGAAGGCGAUGACAUCAAUGUUACCGUAUCGAUCGAAGCUGUUACCACCCAAGGUAUCAUCACCUUCCAGACCGAAAACCAGGCCAACUUCGAAUUGGUGGUCGACGAAUCCUUUCCAGUGACCCCAGAGGACGUCUUACCGAAGAACCUGACGGUGAUGAUCCGCGCAAGGUUGAUCUCCAUCAGCGAACUUCAGAUCAGGUUCAAGGCUGAUGCCUCUGAGGAUGUCCUCAAGGUUGGCUCACAGACCAUUGCGGUAAAGAGGAUUCCAUCUAUCCUGCAGACUAUCUACAUCUACACCUUGAUGGUUUGGAUUGUCCUGAGCUACCUGUCGAUGGGUGGUACCAUGGACAUGCAGGUUAUCUGGGCAAGAGUCAGGAGACCAUGGGGUGUGCUCAUUGGUAUCUUCUGUCAGUUUAUCAUCAUGCCAGUCAUGACCUACUACAUCGCCAAGGUGGCCGUAGCUGACGAUCCGCCUACGGCUCUCGGGAUCAUCAUCGUCGGCACCUGCCCCGGUGGUUGGCUCAGCAACGUGUUCAGCGUCCUCCUCGACGUCGACUUCGUCCUCAGCUUGACGAUGACCUUCUUCUCUUCCAUCAUCGCCAUGGGGAUGAUGCCUCUAAAUCUUUUCAUCUAUGCCACACCCUACGCGGAAGGCAAUGCUCGAUUGGAAACACCGUUCGGUGAGAUGGCCCAGCAGUUGGCUCUCCUUGUUGUACCGUGUUUCAUUGGCAUUGGAGUCUCCUAUAGAUACCCCAAGUUCAGAACGUUUUGCAGUAAAGUGAUGAAGCCUAUUGGUACACUCCUAAUCGUUCUCGGUGUUUCUCUAGCUGUUCCGGCUGACCUAUAUGCAUUCACUACGUCAUCUGCCAAGAUUUGGGUAGUAUCCAUCAUCACACCAGCAUUUGGGGCCUUCUUCGGCCUGUCCUUUGCCCGUAUCUUCGCUCGUGAUAUCCGUACAUCAAUCACUAUUGCCUUGGAGACGGGCAUUCAGAACGCUCUUCUCGGCCGUACCAUCAUCGGUCUCUUCUAUCCCCAGCCCGAGGCCGACCUCAUCGCCCGUGUCAUGCUCGUCAACGUGGUCGUCACCCUCAUCGAAGGCGUCGUCGCCUCCGUCGUCUACUCAGCCGUGCGUUAUCUCCUGUGUAGAUCGAGGUGCGAUGUUAUACUGGGAGGGAGAGAAAAUGAAGAUGAUGAGAAGAUAAUCAAUGAUGGGGAGUCUAAACCAUCUGCUGUUUUUACUGUUAAUGGUAGUAUGAGAGAGACAAGGGAUUCACAAGCAGGGGACGAUGGCCUGGAUAAUCCGUGUGUUGACGUAACGGUAUUUUAAAUCAAAAUCAUGAUCGUGAACUUGGACUGUGGAAAAUCCAUGAGGGUUUCAUCCCACUGGAGGGCGCUUUAGCAUAAAUUGUGUUUGUCUGAUUUGAUUGCAGCCGCGCGAUGAUGAACUGAAGUAAGUGAUAUAGUAAUCCUCGUCUGUUAGAGCCCCUUUCACAAUUGACGUACGACUUGUUUACGACCGCCUGCAACAGUUUUUUUUUCUUGUCGUUGCACGAUAGAUUUCUUGGUGUCUUGCGAGCACUCGCAGUCGUUUUAGACGAUCGCACGAACUCGAGGUGGUCGGAGGUGGCCGUGACUGGUCGCAUCUGAACUUUGAACAUGUUCAAAAUCCAAACGCUAUUAGAUAUUACGACUGAUUCACUCUCAUCAGGUCGUACCAUCGGUCGGGCGAUCAUCGUGUGAGUGUUGUUAAACGUUGUACGACUUGGUGCGAGAGGUGGCACAACUAAGUAUAGUCGCAUUUAGUCGACUGGAGGUCGUACAACGCUUGAACAUGUGCUAGAGACCUACAGAGACCAGUCUUGCGACUAGGUGCGAUUAUAUAAGACUGUUGCACACGUUGCAAGACCGAUCGAAAUUACGGCUUACAGCAUUCCCCUGCCGUUGAAUUCUCAUGUAUGCGACCGUUCAGCCCCUUUCACAAUUGACGUCCGACCAGUUUACGACCGCCUGCAACAAUUUUUUUAUUGUUGUUGCACGAUCGAUCUCUUGGUGUCUUGUGAGAACUCGCUAGUCGUUGCAGACGGUCGCACGAACUCGAGGUGGUCGUGACUGGUACCAACUGAACUUUGAACAUGUUCAAAAUCCGAACGCGAUAAAAGACGAUCGAUUCACUCGCAUCAGGCCGUACCCGGGGUCGUACCAUCGGUUGGGCGAUCAUCGUGCGAGUGUUGUUCAACGUUGUACGACUUGGUGCGAGAGGUGGCACGACAAAGUAGUCGCAUUUACUCGACUGGAGGUCGCACAACACUUGCACAUGUGCUAGCGACCUACAUGUACACAGACCUGUCUUGCGACUGGGUGCGAUAAUAUAUGGGCCAUAAGACUGUUGCAAGACCGAUCGCAACGGCUUACAACAUUGCACUACCGUUUCAUUCGCAUUUAUGCGACCGUUCCACCCGCAAUCCCUCGUGCAACACUCGCAUGUGAUCGCACGAGCACAAUAAGAGCACAUCCGACUUACUCGUGCAACGGGGUUUACUAGUUGUUUUUGUUGUACGACAGUUGUUGCAACUGUGAAAGCCUCUGUGCGAUCUUAUGAGAUGACAGCGAUUGAUGCCUGUUGCAGCCUGUCGCUCGAUCAAAAGGUCGCAAAUGGCCGUACGUCAAUUGUGAAAGGGGCUUAAAUUAGUCACUUUUUUGCGUGGCGGAUCAAUGAUUUCGAAAUAGAAGGGCGCAAAAACAAAAUGUCAAAAUAGAGGAGGUGCAGACGACAAUAUUCUUAGAUUUAAGCUUUGCCAAUGUGUAUGUUCAGAGUGACUCUCAAAAUAUGGAGAGGUUGCAAGAGACGCGCGCCCGCACCUGAUCAUGAAUACACCAUCGUGCCAGAUAUAUCAAAUCGUCGCUAUCAGAAUUACUUAUGUCACUGCUUCGAAAUUCAAUCUGAAUAAUAUGCUAAGGUUUUAUGUAAAAAUAUAGGUCCAUAACUAAUACUGAUUGUUCACUCACGUGGAAGGGCGGCGCUACAAUGUCAAGGAGGAAUGCCCUUAAUUUGUUCAUUUCAUUUUUUAUUUUUUAAUGACGAAAUGGCAGAAACACAAAGCGAUGCCGAACGUAGAGUAUCAAAAAGAGGGGUCGGGUUCAUGUUACUACUGGAAUGCUCCUUUGUUAUUCAGUCGAGAAAAAUGAUGUAGCCUUUUCUCAUCCCCCCCCCCUGUUCAUCCGUAGCA